AUGCUUUGUGGGCAACGGGAGAGUCCCAAUGUUCGGCAUCUUGUAAUUUCGCCGACUCGCUUCCUGAGCCUGAAACAAAGCCACAAGCCCGCUCUACAUCCGUACUCGGGGUAUGCGAUGGUAACUUGCCUGGACUACUUCGGCAAUGCAACCGCCACGACUGGGACAAAGUUCGAGAAGAAGCAUGGCAGGGCUGUGGAAUGAGGGGUGUAUGCGGCCGAUUGCACUGUAGCCACUGUUGGUCAACCUUACAAUGACUGUUUUGACAUCUACACCGCCGCCGGUAUAACCGCCGCACAGUUUGCAUCGUACAACCCCGGUCUCGACUGUUCUCUUCUGCAACCAGGCCAAAGAGUCUGUAUAUCUGCCGGCACGCUCCCCAGUGAUGCACCCCAGCCAUUUCCGAACGGAACCUGUGCUGUGUAUACCACGAUCUCGGGCGAUAAUUGCGCGCUGAUUGCAACAAAGUUCGACAUUACCGUGAAUGAGAUAGAGCAGUGGAACGCGGAUACAUUCAAGUGGAAUGGCUGUGCUAAUCUGCAGGCUGAUUUCACGAUGUGCGUCUCAUCGGGGACCCCGCCUCCAAUUCCUGUCGAUCCAAGCUUGCAAUGCGGCCCGCAGAGCCCUGGCAAUGCAAGUUGUCCCCUCAACGCCUGUUGCAGCGCGUUCGGGUUUUGCGGUUUGACCGAAGAGUUCUGCACCACGGCGGAACCCAAUCCUUGUAUAUCGAACUGCUUCACGCCUUCACUACCUUCAUGUCCAUCGUCAAGUCUUGGUCGAAAUAUCGGGUACUUUGCGAGUUGGGCGGCACGUCGGCCGUGCGGUGCAAUGCAGCCUAGCGAUGCGGACUGGACGGGCUAUACGCACGCACACUUCGCAUUCGCGACCAUCUCGCAGAGCUGUGAAAUCGUCAUCGCGGACGAGGAUGUCUCGAAUCUGCAGGCGCUUGUCGGUCUUAAGGCGCAACAUCCUAACCUCAAGGUUGUCAUCGCUGUAGGUGGAUGGGACUUCUCCGAGGAUGAUCCGACGAAGGACUUGUUUUCGUUGAUGAUCUCCAGCGAAUCUACACGGACCUCCUUCAUUUCAAGCGUGAAAGCUGCAUUGUCGUCAUAUGGCGCGGAUGGCAUCGACAUUGACUUCGAGUAUCCCGGCGCCAUCGAGCGAAAUGCACCGGCCACAGACACUCCCAACCUCACUUCCUUCUUCAAAGAGCUGCGAGCAGCGCUUCCUUCGUCAAUCGUGUCAGUCGCUGCCCCCGCAGGCUACUGGUUUCUCAAGGGCUUCGAGAUAGAUAAGAUUGCGGACAGUGUGACGUACAUCAACAUGAUGUCAUACGAUUACCAUGGUCCUUGGGACACGAACGUGGCAGACCAAGCCCCGGUCACCAACCCGCACACUUCGAUUCUUGACAUGCAAGACAGUGUCCUUUUGUACGUUCGGGCAGGUAUCGACAUGUCCAUUGUGAAUCUGGGCUUGGCGUGGUACGGGCGCACAUAUCAUCUCGCGGAUGCAUCAUGUAAAGGCUAUAACUGCACGAUGCUUGGCGGUGGGACCGCCGGAUCCUGCACGCAGGCCUCAGGCAUCCUGGCUCAAUUCGAAACCUACUGGUUUGAUGACCAGAGUGGAGAUCUGGUUACAUUUGAUCAAGCGGAUACGUGGGACGCAAAGCAACAAUUUGCCGCCAACACUUGUUUCGGUGGUUCAUUCGUAUGGUCUCUCGACCAAGUCUUGACGAAUGGUGCCAGCUCUGGGACUGGAGGCUCAUCUGGCGGGUCCUACACGCGCAUUCCUUGGAACCCUAAUCCAUACCCGGCUUCGGCGGCAUCCUCAGAGACCUUCGCCGCGGGAGGUACAACCGUCGUCAUUGCGCUGCCUUCUACGACAACUACCAUCCACGUCGGCGGAAACACUAUCGUUCUCGGUCCAGGAGGAACCCCAAUCAAUUCCCAAGUCCCUGCUGGCGUUACCCAGCCAGGAGCCAUCACGCCCGUCUGGACCUAUAAUGUUGCCCCACCGACUCACGAACCCACCAUCACUUUCACCGCGCCCCUGACUGGAGCUUCUACUUAUGUCUCCGCCGUGCCAACACCGUCAUCUGGCGCUGUUACAGUAUUUGGACCUCCGGGUGAUACCAACUGUGAUGGAUCCAAUCGUUGGGCUGUCACGGUCGGUCCGGCGAUCCAAGGUUGUCUUCCAGCAGACGUGGGAAUAAUCGGAGGCACAACGCCAACAGCGGUUCCUCCGCCUGGAUGGACAGGUGCUUGGACCAACCCCGUUCCACCCCACUCAGUAACCACAGUCGGAGCAACCACCGCGUCUUUCACUUACAUUACCUGGAAUCCCAAUCCGUUUCCUCCGCCCACUGCUAAAUCGGAGACCUUUGUUCGCUCUGGUUCAACGGUCGUCAUCCCGGUUCCCACUGCAACAACUACCAUCACGAUUGGGCCGGAGAUACUCACGCUCCAGUCGGGCGGAACGCCCGUGAUACAAACCUUGCCACCUGACGUGACGAUAGUAAGCGCUAUCACCCCGACUUGGACUUGGGACAUUUUGCCUCCUCCUGGUGCGCAGACAGUAGAAUUUACUGCCCCCUUGACGUCGACGCCUACAUAUUCCUCCGCCGUCCCGAUCCCAACGAACACGGAUGGCAGCAACCCUGUGGAAGGUCCUUCUGGUAGCCAGACGCGUUGCAAACCCUCCAUCAAUGUUUGGAAUGUGCUCUUCGGCGGCCGCAUCGACCCGUGUCUUCCUCUUGAUGUUGGUAUACGCGGUGGUAUCACACCGUUUCCUCUCAAACCUACACCGUGGGUCGGUCCAUGGCCCAAUCCCUACCCGAUAGCGACCGGCGGACCGCCCGAGGAUGGUUCCGACCCGCGGAGCUCUAUGACCUCGACCUCGACCUCCAGCACAUCUUCCUCUUCUACUUCCACGACAGGUUCAUGCCCCACCCCUACCAUCACUCAGUAUACCCUUGAAGAUGAUCCCGAGAACAUUGAUUGGCAAGAUCUAGGCUCGGAUCCCGAUUUCCGGCGACGAAGGAGGAAUAGCAACUUCAUGUUAGCUCGUGCGGCUUCCAUCACCGCCCGAACUAUCCAAGUCGACAAUUGCGACGGCGCGAAUGCUCAAUCUCCCAGCUUUGUGGACCUAGCUAACGCACCGUUCUCCGUCCCAUAUGUGCACCUGGCGGACGACCCGCGCUGGGUCAGCACGCAACUGAUCAAUGAGAAUGUCGGGCCUGGUCAAGGGAGACCUGACACUGGGAUGACCAUUCAGGAACAUAUAUUUGAACUCGGCUACAUCAAGCAGUUCCUCUCAAACGCACGCUUUGCAAAUGCUGGCUGUACCUGGAUAGUAAACAACAUCUUCAAGUACACACGUGCUGACGGGUCCAAUAUGGGAACUGCAUUGAUGCUUGCCAUGGAUAAUUACGAAAACAUGGUCUGGGCGGACAUCCCGAUGAAUCAAGCGAAAUCCAAUGUCGUGAAUAACAACAGGGCCACGCCGAACUCACCGCCUCAGCAGGAAUCGAUGAACUUCAUCCGGGAUACAGUUGACUUUGGGAACCCGCUUGACGACGAACAGAUAUUCGAGGUAGAGGCGUUCAUUCGCAAUUUCGGGGCUCUAGGGGAUUAUUUUGCAGUCACCAAUCCGUCGUUCAGCAGUACUGCCAGCAAAGUUCAGAGUCUUUUGGCGGAGAUUACCCCAGACAGUGUAUUCGAUACCACGAACAGUCUGCCGGCGCUCUUCUAUUCCUGGCUCAUAGAGACUCUGCAAACAUAUCCGAACGGGUGCACAUCGCGGGCCAACAACGCGUUUGCGUACUACAGGGCGGCAAUGAACACUGCCGCAGCUCGGCAAGGUUUUACCUCUGUGCCACCGUGUUACGCUCUGUAUUACGCAUCGUUCAAUCCGUCUUCGUUUGGCUACACGAAUUUGCUUCCACCACGCCCGACUUUACCAUCUUGUCAUGUACCUGGCACACAAGGUCAAAUCAUAUAUCAUGCUCCCUCACAAACAUGGACGGAUCCCGUUCCAUAUCUUGUACAAGGCUCCGGACGCAUCGACGCCUACGCUUUGGGAACAGGUACAUCAAUCGGUGGCAACCACUUACGGGCCCGCCAGAUUUGCACGGGAGGCACCGGGGCGUACGAGAUUACGGACCAACCUGCGAACUCUGCGGACUACACGAUCCCCGUCUUCAUCAGCUUUGACUGUAACACUGGAAACAUGGCAUUCGCCUCCGGCAAUCCGCCCAUGGAAUUACCCUUCACCGACGUCCUGUACGAUCAAUUUGGCGGAACGUAUCUUUGGGCUGGUACAGUGCACACGGACGUCAACGAGUGUAGCCAGUCUGCUGCAGAGACACUUGGGUAUCACAGGGUCGCGGAUGUACAGCCGGUAUGGCAGGAAAGAACUUGCAUAACUAUCCAGUUCCCGACCACCCAGUGUCCAGCGGGCUACAUCGGCUGCAAUGGCUCCGGGAGUAUCACGCUCUGCUGUUCGCCUAUUUGCUAA